AAAUACAGCUGAUUACGAUCGGGGGGACGUCAAGCAUGCACCACAUUGACUAUUUCCAUCUAUUCAGAUUUAAAACGAAAGUAGGAUAAUAUUGGAAUUAUUUACUUAUUUGCAAACAUCAAUUUUCUGACUUUUGUUGUGCAAAGAUGUCAAUUAAGCUGUCUAGUGGGAAAAUGGUUGGAGUAAUUCUUCUGUCGGCGUUCGUCCUCAUAGCCAAGAUGCAAGGUGUACAUACUUCCUCUUGUCUGGAAUCAGAGAGAACAUUAUCAUACGUCAAGUCCUGUCCAAAGUCAGAGGAUGAAUGGCAUCAAAGAGAGAGCGCAUUCAACUGCAAGCAAUACAGACAUACUUGCCCUAGUUUUGUUUACCAUUGCACCUUCAGCGAAUUUGCGAAUGCAACAUUGGAAGUUUGCGCCCCAGUAGUUUCUAUAUUAGGUAACAGAUGCAUGGAGUACAACAUUGGCGGCAAAAUUAUCCAAGAUGCUGCGGGAUGGAAUUGUUCGUCAUGUCCUUUCGCAUACAACUCUACAAACGCAUACAAAUAUCAAGAAUGUUAUAAGGUGAAACAUUUGAAUAUCACCGUCCAUUCACAUACAGUCACGUGCACAUCAGUAAUUGAGAAUAAUGCAACACAUCCAUCUCUGAAAAAUACAUCAAGGUUCGAGGGGAUAUGUAAGGACACUCUAUGGAACGUGUUUGGAGUUUUAUCAGUAACUCUGAAUAUUGUUUUCAUUACACUGCUUACAAUAGCGAUAGUGUAUAUCUUGAAACACAGAUCUUCACUUCCGCAGAAAAAAAGAUCAAAUUCAGUAAAUGAAAAUUCGGAUGAAGGGGAGAAUAUUCCAAUGAUAACUUAUCCGAAACAAGUAAAUGAAAAUUCGGAUGAAGGGGAGAAUAUUCCAAUGAUAACUUAUCCGAAACAAGGAGGUAGAACGAUGGGGAAUGACUCAGCUUCGCCGAUUUAUAACAAUCGGGAAUCAGAAGAAAAUGAAUAUUGGGUUUCCGCAAUUGAUAUAGGAGACACAUAUUGUGGCAUGGCCUAUCUGAAUCCAGAAUCUCCCAAAGACAUAAUACCUGUUGGAAAGGUGGAAAGAAUCUCUGUCCUUUUGUCUACGAAUGGGACAAUGCUGGCCUUUGGAGACAGUGCAUGUGAAAUGUAUAUUUCAGGAAAUCAUGAACCCCCAAAAUGUUUCUAUCUUGAUGAAUUGAAAAUCGAUGAUGAAAAGGUAAAAAUUAAGAAUCAUAUAUUCCCAACAAUUCAAAUUUAUCGGAGUAUUAUCAACUAUUUACUCUUGAAAAUUCAUGGGGAAAUAGACAAAGCCAAGGAUAAAAACACUAAACGCAGACCUGAACUUGACAUCCACUAUGUGUUGACUGUACCUAAUCAUUGGAAAAGAAGACUUGACAAGCUCAAAAAUGCUAUUCUAGGAGCUAAGAUUGCUGAUCAAAAAGUAACUAAAGAGAAACUGCACGUAAAGUUGAGAGAAACAGCCCUUUCACCCUUUAUCCAUGAAGUGAAAGCUGCUGUGCUGUGCUUGAAUUUCAAUAUUGACAACAUGACAUUAAAGGAAAACAGAACGUAUGCCGUUUUACACGUUGGUUCCAAUCAUUGCAGCCUGGCUUUUCCUCACGUUGAUGAUUCGACACAACCGGAUAAUAUUUCAUGUGAACCAUAUCUACAGAAAUGGGAGAAAAUGCCUGAAGACCGAUUUUUGAGCUUCUUCAAGGAUAUCUUUACGCCAACUGUUAUCCAAAAAUGGAUGGAAGAGCAUCACAAAGAAUACAUAUCACUAAUGUAUCAGUUUGAAAAGCAAAAAAUCAAAAUGUACCAAAAUACUGAUGACGAUGAAAAAUUUGAAUUUGAAUUGUCCCCGGUACCGUUUGAAUCACGAAAACAAACAUUCAAGGCCAGUCAAAAAGAUAUCGAAGACGAGGUGAGGAAAGUAAGGGGGAUGGAAAUGAAAAACAAUGGGAGAACCUUCAUCAUAUCGUGGUCAUUAUUAAAACAGUGCUUUGAGGAAGUUAUAAAUGAAACACGUGUUGUUGUUGAGAAAAACAAAACACUAUUUGAACAGAAAAACGUGCAUUGUGUCAUGAUGACGGGAAGGUACUCUCAAAUGAGGACUGUUCUGAACGAAGCUGAGAAAAACUGGUUUCAUGAUUUGCCUGUAACUGUGGCAAUUCCAAUAGUGACUGGUUCCACGUACGCAAUGGGGGCAGCUUACUUUAGGAAAAAAUUCCCCAACUUUGUGAGCUGCCAAGACCUGCAUUCAAACAAAACUCCCCCGCAAUAAAUGUCAAGUCAAGUUA